AUGACUAAGGGUAAAAAGAGGGUAUCGAAACCCGUCCCGGGCGGGGUGAAGUUCACCAAGUUUCCUAACGCUUGCAAGCUAUGCAGAAGAAAGAAGGUGAAGUGUGACCAAGGGUAUCCCAGUUGUAAAGGGUGUUUGCGAAACAACGUUCCAUGCGUCUCGGUGGAUCCCGUCACGGGUCAGGACAUACCGAGGUCGUAUGUGUUCUUUUUAGAGGAUAGCUUGUCCAAUAUGAUGAGCAAGCUAUCUGAGUGUGGGAUCAAUCCAAUGACUAUCAAGAGCAAUGUCCCUUGCUCUGAAAACGACACUAAUUGCAACUUAGAAGAGUACAAGAAGAAGUUCAAGAAAAAUGGGUCUCUGAUUCCAGUAGAUGAUAUGUUGGGGUCGUAUUUGGUUCAAAAGGGUAUGCUGAUGCAGGACAACAGCGAGACUAGUAAUGGAAGUCGAUCAGAUUUUGCUAACUCACCUUCAAUAAACUCACCCAUGGAUCAGGCAUAUUUCAGGUCUCCAAAACCAAUGAUGCCGCAAACUGCUAGUCCCAUGGAAAGCUCUUCUGUUGGCGCAGACUUGGAGGAAACGAACAACCAUUUUUCAGAUAUUGGCUCGAUGAAAGAAACGACUAAAAACUCUUACCUGGGUGACUCCUCAGGUGUGUCGUUUGCUAAAUUGGUCUACACUGCUGCAAAUUUCCAGCCUGACUACAUUGAUUCAGAAUUUGACGAGGAUAUAAAACUCCGAGAAUUGAAAUAUAGAGACUACGCAUUGGCCGAAAAUGACCCUAAUUUUGAUCCAUUGGCACUUCCCCCAAUAGAAGAAGCUGAACAAUUGAUCAAUAGAUUUUUCAUAGACACCAAUUCCCAGCUACCAGUUUUCCAUAGAGAACAAUUCUUGAAGAAAUACUACGAACCAAUAUACGGAGAGUGGAACAAUAAAAUUACAUUGGUAUCCAAUAAAACAAAAAUAAAUCGGAAUUUCAUGGGACCUGAACCAUUACGCCCAAACAGUCCAUACGGUGUUCAGCCUUGGUACAAUACUUGGAAAAGUCUGGAAGAUAAAGGAGUGAGAGAUAUUGAACUGCAUGACUACUAUAGAAUUCCAUACUUUGUUCUGAAUAUGGUAUUUACAAUCGGAUGUGCAACUAAAGUACUAGCAUCGGAUAUAAAACAAGUUGUUACAUUCAAAAGAAGAGCAACUUACUUCAAGAAAGACAUAUUUUCCUCGACAGAUCGACUUGAAGCUCUCAUGGGAACAUUGUUAUUAGCAAUCUACUCAAUAAUGAGACCCAACGUACCUGGUGUUUGGUACACAAUGGGUUCUGUGUUAAGAUUAACUGUAGAUUUGGGUCUUCAUUCCGAAAAAAUAAAUAUGACAUAUGAUCCAUUUACUAGAGAAAUAAGGAGAAGAUUAUUCUGGUGUGUAUAUUCCCUGGAUAGACAAGUAUGUUCCUACUUUGGUAGACCUUUCGGAAUUCCAGAAGAUACUAUUACGACAGGAUAUCCUUCAUUGUUACCUGAUAGUGAAAUAACACCUGCAUACGGUACUAUAGAGGAUUAUUCAGACGUAAAACCUAAAUCAAUAUCCUAUAAGAAGCUAGCCAUAGCAAUGUUUGCCAUUAGACAACUGCAAGCAAAAAUUGUUCGUGUACUUUACGCCCCUCAUGCUGAAAUUCCCAGGAAAUAUAAUGAUCUUGAAGAAUGGAGAGCAGCGGUACACUCUGAGUUGAAUGCAUGGUAUGACAAAGCUGUUCCAAGAUCGCAAAAAAUGAUCGACUGUCAUUACAACUCAUCAUUAUUUGAGUUAAAUUAUCAUUACACCAAAAGUAUCUUAUACGGUCUAUCGCCAAAAUGCCCAAUUCUUACUGAACUUUCCUGUAGAUUGGUGUUUUUAAGCACCAAGGGUACUAUCGAUGUUUUUUAUGAUCUUUGUAUUAAUCAAAAGAUAGGAUACACCUGGGUGGCCGUGCAUAAUGUGUUUAUGGCUGGUAUGACAUACUUAUACGUUAUUUUUUAUUCCGGAAAUAACAUCAAAGAGAAUAGACAGGAAGUAGAAGAUUAUACGGGAAAGAUUCUAUUCAUACUGAAGAACUUGAUUGGUACUUGUGAAGCUGCUAAGAACUGCUUCCAAAGUUAUGAUGUCUUAUCAAAGGUUGUUAUAAAGUUAAAAUUCGGUGAGAAGAUAAUUGAAGAUAAUUCAAGUAAAGAAAAUACUUUCAAAUCUGGUGGAAACCUACAAAUCGAUGAUAGCAAAAAUACUGAUCUUUUGAAAAGGAAACCUUCUAUUUCAGGUGGUAGUUUAGAUCUACCACUUGAGAAAUUCUUUUUACAAUUAGAUAAAUUGGAAGAAAAUAACGAUGAAGAGCCUUCCAAUACAGGCAAGUUUAGAGGAAGGUCGAUGAGUUUCUUGAAUAAUAAUAAUAAUAAUAAUAAUAACAUGAACAACGGUAAUAAAGAUACCGGUAUCAAUUUGCAUAAUGAACAAGACUUCCAAAAUGACUUCAAACUACAAGAUGAUUUACCACUAUUUGAUGAUCCCGCAAAUGAAGAACAAAACAUGGUAGACAUCCUAUUCCAAGUCACAUCUCAGUCGUUAUGGGAUGAAUUUUUUGUUAAACAAAACAACGAAGAGAAGAAAGAAGAAAAUAUAGAUCCAUUUUUUACUCUGUAA